AUGGCUUCACCAAGAACGAGACGCGUUCUCAAGGACUUGAAGGGAUGCGAUGGAAAUAACUGUUGUGCAGAUUGUGAAGCACUCAAUCCGCAGUGGGUUUCCGUCUCGUACGGAAUAUGGAUCUGCUUACAAUGUUCUGGCCGCCACAGAUCCCUCGGCGUCCACCUGAGUUUCGUCAGAUCAGUUUCCAUGGACAAGUGGAAAACAAUCGAGUUGGAAAAAAUGAAGUGCGGAGGAAAUCGCAAAUGGAACGAUUUUCUCGAAGAACACGACGACUACAAUCCUGGCUGGACGAUAGAAGAGAAGUAUAAUUCCAAAUCUGCGGCGCUUUACAGAGACAAAAUUGCAACUGAAGCUCAAGGACAGACCUGGGACGAAGCUUCAUCGCCAGCACAGAAUUACGUCGUGAGAAAGAAAGAACCAAUUAUCGCCGCAAGUUCAAGCUCGUACGAUUCUGUCUCCUCAACAUUCGCCCCAAAACCCCAAGAAGACCCCCUCGCUUCGCUUUCAAAAGGCUUCGGCUCAGGAAUGUGA